AAGUGGAUGAGAAAGAGCAGUGGUUAAGGGACAUAGCCAAGCUCUGUCUAGGCCCUUUCUGUAACCCCUGAGUAAAUCUGCUUAAGCAUCGCUGUGCUUUAGGACAUGUGCAGUGUGCCUUGGAGUCAAAAGUUCCAACCAAAUAAACCCAUCACUGCAUUAAGUGUGUCUGUGCAGAGGGGACAAGGGCAGCCUGAUACAAAGCAGCAGAAGGCCCAAAGGUAGGGUCUCUAUUUUUCUUCAGACCAUCCCUGUGUCCUUCCUGAAUAAAAAUGAACUUAAUUUAAAUCCAAGCACCAGCUAGUGAAUGCAGAAAGUGAUGCCACCAUUUUCCUGAUGUCUGCAGCAGCCAUAGCUCACGCAGCAUCACACAAGCUGCUUGUCUGCUGCAGUGUCGGCCCUGAGCAGUGAGAAGAGAGUCUUCCACACCUAUCCAUCUCUGCUAAUCCUGCUUCUAGGUCUGAUUUACUCUUUGACAUACCACCUAGCCACCCGUAGAAGAAAUUUCUCUGAGCAGUGGUGUGGCGAGACUGUCAGUGACCAAAUUUGCAGAGGUCUCAGCUCACUUUGCACAUGCAUAUUUUUCAACCUUUCUGUUUACCUGCAGUGUAUGUAUGAGAAAUCACACAGGGUCAGUUUGUCAUAAAAUGUUUAGUGCAUAAUUUUUAGGCGAGAAGAAGCAGAAGCUUCUGCUCUUUGCUCUGAUUUUCUCAAAGAAAGUGAGACCAAAAAAAAGCCCCAUGAUAACCUCAGUUAUCAUUAGGAAGGCUACAGUUCCCUUAGAUGCAAUAUUCCUGAAUGCAGUUUUAUACUUUGCCUGUUCUAGUCUUCCAUUAACUCACUAAAAUGCCAUUCUGUUUCUUUUUUCCCCCCAUAAUACUGAAACAGCUGCCAUGAGUGAGUUGGUAGAAAAUGUUGUCCAGCCAAAAAAUAAGAGGAAGAACCAUUUGACACAGCUCAAUGGAGUGUUAAUCAGGUUCUUAAGUUAACUGCUUUCCUAGUAAUAGGAGAGGAAGGUGAAAAAAAUACUUUUAGUCUUUGGUUUCUAUUGAAAAAUUACAUGUACCCCAUUUUCAGAGAAUGCUAAGUACAACAAAUGGCAGCAGAUAUUUUCAUUAUUUCUCUGAACAUGGGAAUUAAAGGGGAAAAUUAAUUUACAUCCAUGUGGUGGCACAAUUAAGUGAAGGCAGAGGAAAUGGGACUUGUGUCCUUUGGAGAUAAUUAAUGUGUUAAUUUGUGUCACCCUGUAGAGCCACAGAGCUAGGUUCCUCAGCCACAAACACGGGCAGCACAUACACCCUCAAAGUCAACUGAGCAGCAAAGGAAUAUUGGUUGUGCUGACACUGUAGUCUGAGCUCUCAUUAAAUAUUUAAUUUAAUCUGGUAUUACCUUAUAAUGAAAUAUAUCUCUCAUAGCCCAAAAUGGUUUAUUGAUGGGGAACUUUUCCUCUGUGUUACCUGACUUGCAGUGACUUUGACCUACUUUAGCAGUGCACUUGUGCUUUUUCUGGGUGUUUGUCCAUAGAGCCUUAAAUUAGCAAGUUGACAUUGAAAUGCUGAUUUACACCUGCAGUCAAAUGGAUAACACAUGUUAAAGACUGAUUGUCAGCAGCUCCAAUACGUUAUCGCUUCAUUCUCUGGCAUUGUUUCUUGCCUUUGUGGGAUUUAAGGACAACAUUGUGUGGCAUUGUUGUUAUGGCUAUGGACACAGCUGUGGGGGACUGACACUGUGUAUGGUCGUUGUCAUUUAUCUAAAAGCUGACAUCACUUUCAAAAACUGACUGUGAAAGUUUGGGUGUUUGUGUCUUGCUGUAUGUUUUAAGACAGCGAUGGGAAUCAAAAAGCUUUUUUUGCUGGCAUAAAAAAAACCCCAAAACUGUUAACAUUGAAUAACUUGCUCUUCUGACCUUUUCACCUUAAGUAAGAUUAAUGGUGGUUUAGAUCAGAACAUCCCCCCUGAUCAGGGUCUGAAUGCCUCAGGGAUUCAGACUGACAAAGAAAGUCAUUUCACCCCUAGGUCACCAGCACAGACCUGUGGUGUCUCACUAGUGACCACUGGAUGAUUGCUCAGUAGUUUAUGUGCAAGAGUUGGUGGUCAUAAUCCAUUUUCCAAUGGACAGGUGUCUGCCUCUUGAAAGCUGUCACCAUGUUCUUAUCCAAGCAGCAAGAAAUGGGAAUUAACAUGAACAUCCUGCAUUGUAUUUGCCUUGCACUGCUAAAAUCUCAGAGCCUCUGUGUUUCAGUGGAUCAGUCUCUUCCCCAGGAAGGGUUGAAGCCGUGCUGGUGCUGUUCUGUGAGCAGUGGGACCUCGAUGUUCCCUUCUGGAGGACUGCAGCCUCUGCCCCUGCCUCUGGAGCACACAGGUCUCAUUCAGGCACACUCAGAGUGUCACCACCUGCAUUUAGGACAUCCUGGAAUGUCAUGUCCCACAGCUUUCAUGUAGCCAUCUCCCUGGUUUAGUUCUUGGUGUGGUCAAGCUGGCGUACUUCAUACCUGCUGUACUUGCAUUUUAAAUGGGAGACCUAAAGUUAGGUCUCUCAGUUGGUAAAACUGAGCAGAGAGCUGGCGGGCAGGUUUUGAUUGUAAAGUAACUCUUUGUGACUUCUCGUGUCAAAAAUUGUAAUGUCACCAAUCAUAAAGCCCAAUCGGGGGCCUACCCAACAGAGCUGAGCUAAAAACACCGGGGUGCCCAAAAAGGGCAGCCCAGGGUUGGCUGACAGGCACUAAAGGUCUGAGCGUGUCCUUCACCAGGGACAUCUGCAUGCACACAGCAAGCCAGGCUUUGGGGAAAACUGGCAGACAUGUGAGUACAGCUGUUCACAGCUGAGAUGUUGAGCCUGAGUAUAUAACAUGGUUACAUGCAUGGCUACAGAGAGAAAACGUUGGAGUGUCAGGAUCUAGGAGGCUAAGAGUUGAGAGGAUCAGAGUUCAGGGGGACAUCUAAGAUGAGAAUAUGCAUUUUAAAAAUAUUGUAAAAACCUGGAGGAUGAGGAAUCUAGACUUACAUAGUUAUUAGGUGCUGUGUCCAUAGCAAGGCUACAAAAACUUUCUGUUCUCUUUUGUUUUUUUUUUUUCUCCCAGGGUUAGCUCUGUAAAGUACUUUCCUAGUAGUGGACAGAGCAAUGGGACAGAUUACAGGUAGAACUGAAGUAAUAAAGGCAAAUGCUUAAGUGUAAAGGCUAACAGGAUAAAGGAAAAGGACAAGUAAAGAUCAUGAGUUCUGCGAAAAUCAGAGAUCUCAGAGGCUGCUGCGUGACUUUAAAAGUACUGACCUCUAUGUAGCUUAUAAGCUUGAAAAUCCUCUCCUAUGUAUUUGCAGCAUUAAUUCCUCUUGUUAUCUGAGGUGAUCUACUUUAAUCAGAUUCCUACAAACAAGUCAAGUGCUUACAGCAGGAGAUCUUUGACACCCCUACUAGCAGCGCCAGUGGAGAGGACAGACCAAACCAGCAGGAAGAUGAGAUACAUCACCUCAUCUCAGCAAAAACUAUUUUAGGAUAAUUGGCAUCAGAGUUUCCCCACUCCAGGCUCUUACCUGUAUGCUCUAUGGUUAUUUGAUGUACUGGUUGCACAAAAGAUACCUCAAAACAAUCACAUUUCAAAGACACAGCAAUCCUGAAGCCUGCUCUGUCACAGUGCCAACUCCUGUGCUACCUUGCUUCUUCACACAGGCCACGUAACCUGAGUCUGGAUCAAAAGAGGACUCAUGAAUUUGAUCCUACUUUUGUGCCUUUAGUGCAGCUUCUACUUCCUGUGUUCGCAGUUGCUAGCCCCAUGGUCUCUGAGUCCAAAUAAUGAUGGUCCCUGUUUUAAAUUUAAUCUCAUUUUCACACAGAGCUUAAGCCAGAGGAGGCAAUGCCAUCUGAUACACUCCAAAGACCUUUCAUCCCCAUUGGAGCACAUGUAUUGCAUGUGGCAAAAGGAGCUUGAUGGCUAUGUGAGGACACAAGAGAUAUGUAAGGUGACAGUUCAGGUUACCUUACUCUUUAGACUUAUCCAUCGGAGAAAUCCUAAGUAUUUUGUGCCUGGUUACCCAAGAGUAGAUUUUACUGCAUAUGGUGCAAGACUCAGGAUGCAGUUGCAGUAAGAGGGCUACCACUGCCUAAAUCCAGGAACCACAGGACAAGCUUUAAUGUGCUUGUUUUCCCAAAAAUGGUUAUGUUUAUAGCAAGAGCCAAUAGUUGAAAUAAUCUUAAAAUGUUGUAAAGGAAAAAAUUGGGUGUGAAAAAACCCUAUCUGAAAAAAUCAUCCUGGUUUAUCAGGGGAAUUAAAGACCUUACUGAUCAAUUAGCUUGAAAAAUUAAGAAAUCCAGGACAAAUGUAGUUGAAGAUUAGCAUCUUAAUGAACUAUUGUUGUUGCAGCCCGGUUUGGACAUAUCGCUCCUUUGUUGACAUUUUUAAUGCUUUCUGUGGAUUACCAGUACAUGACCAGUAUAUGAAAGCUUGUUAAGCCUCCACGUGCUCAACCUGGCCCUAGCUUUAAUACUGGCUUAGUGCAAUCCCUGCUGUUGGCACAAGCUCUGUGGGACUGGAACCUUGUGGUGCUGGGCAUUGUGUUUCUACCUAAUCAUCAUAUGGACCUACUCAAGUGUGUUUUACAAGCUUAGGGCAAAUUUGUGAAUGCCCAAUUAUCUAUAUGUAACUUUUAUAAGAGAAGCCAGCCAGGGUUUGGGGUUUUUUUUUACUUUUUUUUCUUUUUCUUCUUCUUUUCAGAAUUCUGCAGUAUCUUUCUGUAAUUAGUGGGGAGAUGCUUUCAGCCUGGCUUCCAGGUCUGGCUGGUAUUUCCUUUCCUGAUUAGCAGAGAAGCCUGUGCACUCGUCUUUUCAAACUACACUGCUCUUGCAUCUCUCUCUUCUGGUUCCCUGUAGAGAAUUUAAAGUCCAAAGCGUUUUUGAAUGCCUCAAUCUUAUUCCCAUUCAGGAAAAAGAUGUUACAGCAGCUUCUAGGCAGAUGCAAAUUCAGGUUUACUUUUGAAAAUUCUUCACUUAUUUACAGACCUUUCAGCCAUGCAGUGCUACUUCAGUUUUAAACUAGUUUUGCUGUCUGCUACAAGUGUGAGGUGAAGUUACUGAUAGUGUAUCUGUCUCUCCAUUCCUUUCAUUCAGAGAAAAACAACAGAUGAUGUAUAAGAAACUCACUUUAUAAUUUGCUUUUUUGGUGUGUUUUCCUUUUCAUUUGUUUGCAGUUGCAAUUCUUUGGCCCUAAAUUGAAACAAAGCGAUUUUCCUUCCACAAAAAAAAUGCUGCUGUCAUUGCAUCAGGCAGAAGUGGUUUAGAGUAGAUGCCUGCAGUAUGCAUGUGCAGUUUUAUCCCAUCUUAUUUUUAAAUGGUCAUCUGUGCAUCCCUCUGGUUCACAAUCCUUUUCCAAAAAUACCUGGGGUUUAUCCUUAUCAUAUUGCCCAGCUAACUGUAAGAAAUAGGCUCAAGUGGCUCAGUACAGAUUAGAUUUGCCUCUUAUGCAACAAGGUACAAGAUCCAGGGAGGAGCCAGGGACCUGCCUUGGGAAGAGCUUUGUCCUUCGUGGGCCAGGGAAUCCCUUGGCAAUACCCCUUGCACAUGUUGAGAGUAUCAGGUUGCUUCCCAGCAACUUCACUGGAAGAAUACUGCACUGAAAAGGGAUUCAUUUGUUCACAGAGGCCAGGAUAAACAUGGUUCAGAGGUUUCUGAUUCUUGUCUUAAAUAACUCUAAGUUUUAAUUACAGUUUUUGUAGCCACAUUAUUUUUUUAAAUUUGAUUCCUUUCAAGUUUACCAGCUCUGGCAUACUUGGUAAAUAGGAUAAGCAUCUACAUUUGUUUCUUCAAAAUAGGUCCUAACAGAUUCAGGCUUUGGAAAAAACACCUUUGCCAACUCCCCAGAGGGAAAUUUCACCAGUUUAUGGGAUUUUUCUGCCAUUUUUACAAGGUUUGCUGAGACUUCUGCUGUUUUCAAUUUUUUUUUUUUCCUUUCAGCCUCAGCAAACAUUUCUUCUUAUCUGCCUUUCCCUCCUUUCUACCCACAUUCCCAAGAAUCGAAUACUUUCCAUGUCCCAGACCUGCAGAUAAGGUUAGAUGUGUGUUUUUGUCAGAGGGCAUAUAUCUGUUCUCAUGUCCGGAGCUCUCCUCCUCUUUCUCCACCUCCUCUUCCUUCUCAGUUGUCCCCAUUCACCUUUGUUAGCCUCAUUCUGGCACCAGGAAAUGUUUUGAUCCUUUUGCUAUCAACACCAAGAGUGGGUAUUUGGUGAACUUCGUUUUCACAGCUUACACAGGGAGGAAUUUGGAUUCAACAUGUUCCCUUGGGAGUCUUAGGUCAAAGAUGCAACCCAGGGCAAAAACUUCUUAAGGUCUUCUCAUGGCUGCAGUUGCACUGUGUGAGUUAAGUUCAUAGCUUAUUCUUCGCCUGGUUUCUAGGCAUUUUAUGUAAUUUGGAGAUAAAAAAAAAAAAAAGAUUCAUAGAGUCAAAAACUGGUUUUCUCCUCCCACCACAGACUGGACUCUUGUUAGUGAGUAGGGAGCUGGAAGGAGAUAUCAUGUGAGAUUGUCUGAUGUGCCUCUGCAAUUCCUAGGUUGGACAUUGUGGAGAGUUUCUUCUCCAAAUCAAAAAUUGCUGCCUAUACUUUAUCAGGUAGCAUGCUGUAGAGCUUUUGCAGUACACUUCCUGCAGAUAUAAUUACACCUAUUUCAUAACUAAACCCAACAUUGGACAUUUGCCCAAAAUAUCUCCCACAUGGGUAGAAAAAAGUAGCCCACAAUAUGUGCAGUUCUUCUCUUCAAGCCACAUUAAGAUUUCAUGCAAAACCCUGAGCAUUCAUAGUGAUCAACUACUCUGCAAGACCUGGACAAAAUGAAGAUGCAAACUCCUUUUCGUGGACAGGGGAGAACGCAUUACCAAAUGAGGAACUCAGAUGAGUUAUAUUAUAUCUGUCCUCCUGAGCCCUAUUUUUCUGUCUGAAAGUGAUGUGCCUUUCAUCAGCUCUCUGCACAGUGAUUUGUCCCCAGAGCAUCCUGUGCCUUGUAAAGAUGUGUCCAAAGCCUAUCUAUCUGCCUUGUAACGGAGUGAAUGCCAGCUGGUGAACAGCUCUAGAGUCUCACUUCAGUUUCCACAUCCCACCAACCCUCAAAGAAUGAAGAAUCCAAUACUUGUUCUAAUGUAAAACUCCACCUAUAAUUUGAAAAUAUCUGUAGGUCAUACCUAAAAUUAGGAAAACAAUGACUUAGGUCCAAAAGUGCCCCUCUUCUCAUAGGACUCUGAAUAUCUGAAGCUUAAAUAAAGGGUGGGUUAGAUUUGUUAUAGCUUUUUUUUUUUUUUUAAUCGACUAUUCAGUGUUGGUCUUCAUUAUUUUUUUUUUAUCCUUUUGAAAGCUUUUAGAGCCUCCUGCAUAACCGCCUCUGCCCCAUUCAGUGCUGAAUGGACAGUGCGCUGAUCUUUUUCUCGGUGGGUAAUGGAUUUGGGUUGAUUGCUUGACACAGGGACAAUAGGGGGGUAAACAAUUGCCUUCGCACCCGUGCAGCUCCCCAUCUGUUGAGUGCGUGCGCCUUCAGAGGCAGCCGGGCAGGGACAGAUGAAUGCGCCAGCCGAGCCUGAUGUUAAUGACAUCAGUCAUACAAGCAGAACAUGUGGCGCAAUAAAUCAAAAACUAAUUGAACUUUUGGUUGAUUAUAUCGCCGUCCCACUGCCUGCUCCAAGCACGGCGCGGUUCCCUGGGACAAUGCCCCCCGCCCGCAAAGGCUUUGCUGCCCCUGGACAGCAGGAGCCUGCCCUGGGAGGUGACAAGUGACAACAGCUUCUCUUUGCUCACUGCUUUCCUGAAAUAGCGACACCUUCCACUUGACCAAAAUGCUUCCAGGCUCAGGACGUCUAUUUGACCAAUAUUUAUUAUUUCAAAUAAGAAACAUUCAUCAAUAUGACAGUGACAGCCCAUGUUCACUGGCACUUUCCAUCUGGGACUGUUGGUGGCAGACAUCUAUAGGAGAGGACAGCGCUUGUUUUUGUGUUAAUUAGACACACACGUGGUAGUAAUGAAGGCUAUUCAUUAGACUGAUAUAAUUUAAUAUCAUUAUUCACACUUGAAAGUGCUCCAACUGCAUCAGUUGUUGGAGCCUGCAAGCCAGAAUUUUCUGUCUUGGGUGUCCAUGGCAGCAUUAAGUCAUCAAAAGUUGAGGGGGCUGAUAUUUAUAGAGAUGCAAAGGAACAAUUUCUGAUGGGAGUAUUAAGAAAUGAAAAGCUUUGCCAAGAAGACCCUUUAUUGAAGUCCCUAAAUGUGGAAUUAGGCCCCAGAGUCAUCAAGUCAGGAACCCAUCUAUGACUGAGCCACCUUUCCUUCCCUUGCAAUCACAGACGUGUAGGGGGCAUGGAGGAUCUAUGCACAUCUGCCCUUCUUAGACAUUUGCAUUUGUAAUUUUAUGCUUUUUGAAUUUUACUUUGAAAAACCCAGGAUUCCAGUGUUUGUUUAUGAAAUGAAAAGGUAAAGCACAAAACGCUUUUCUUAACACACCUAGAAUCAUCUCCUCAUUAUAUGUAAGGAGCAAAUCUUUAUGGUAAUUGUGUUAAAGUACACACUUAACCAAAUUUAUUUAAAAUAUCUUUGCAGUACUUCUGUAAACAUUUGCCAAUAGAUUAGACUUUAAUUAUUAGCUAUUAAUUGCAGAGGACUCUCCACACUGGUAAAAGAAAAUGUAAAAUAAAAUGCUCCUAUCUUAGUAGAGGCUUAAGUAAGAGCUAAAUUAAAUCUUUGUGUUAAUAUUAUUCAUAGAAAGGCAGAUGGGAGCAGAAAAUGUUGCAAUGAAGAAUAUGGAAUGAGAUGAGAUCACAGCAUCAGUCUGUCCUUUGUAGAUCUGGACAAUGAUCACAGAGCCAGAUUGGAUUAGUGAAACCUAUUUACCAGAAGUUCAGAGCGGUUGCAUGAAGCUGAAAGGCAGUCAGUAGGGAGAGGCAGAAAAUGCACCAGAUUUACAGCUGCAGCGAUGAAAAUUUAGAAGUUUUCACCACUGUGAUUUCUUCCAAAUCAUGUAGUCCUGCCCGAAGACGAGCCAAAGCUACGCAGCACAUCCUAACAAAGAGUGUGGUUGCCAUAUCUGACCGCCGGCCCCACCAGGGUGACCUCCUGCACGUGCUGUACGAGGCCAGGGGCGAGGAGGAGGCACGGGGAGUGGGCUGUCUGCAGGGCGGCCAGCGCGGAGCCUGCCCCACCAAGGGCGCUGCCCAGCACGCAGGAAUUACUGAACAAGAGUCAUCCAAGUCCCAUAAUCAUCUGUUGGAUGGAAAAUCUUUGAUUCCUCCAUCUCCAGUUGCCCAUAUCACAGUGAAAGCUGUGGCUGUCACGGGCUCGCCCACACGCGACCGCACUUCUACGGAAGACCACAGGCAGCGCUGGAGGAAGACAACAGAGUAUGACCUGGCCCUGCCACCAGCAGCAGAAGCUUCCCUACCACUGACAGGAGGCAACCUGUGUGGGACACCCAGCCUCCUGAGGAAGAUGUGGAUGAAGCACAAGAAGAAGUCAGAGUACCUAGGGGCAACAAACAGUGCCUUUGAGGCGGACUGAUAAGGCUCAGCAUCCCUUGGAAAGGCAGAAGGUCCUUUAGCAGGACAAGAUGCUUUAGGAUCAAUGAGGGAACAGACACAGCACAGCUCAUCCAGGAAAAUUCUAUCUUUUUUAUUACUUGAUGCCAUUUCCUCAGAACAGUGGGAGAAAGGCUAACAAAGGUAAAAACAGUGAAUAUGAUGCAACUCAAUGGCAUUUCCUUGUUGCAUUACACUAAAAUCCCAACUAUCCCACUAGAUUUGCAUCUUGACUCGAUGCUGAGACUACUGCUGACCCAUUCACCAUUUUCUAUGUCCUGUUUAAAUGAGCUCGGACUUGCAACAAGAGAAGCCUAUGAAGAGGUUUGUGUAUUCCUGCAAGGCAACAGAUUGAUUACAGAGUGCCAUUAAAUCCCAGGACCUACUUGUUGUGCACCACUGCUUGUCAUCUUUCCCCGCUCAUAUCAUGAGAUAAAAAUCUCAUCUUGCGAUAUGCUUGGCUGAAUGACACAUGCUAAACAACUCUUUUCCUUCAGUUUUGGUGAAAAGGGAGGAGUAAAAGAAGCAAAAAUUCUAAAACAGUGGGCCUAAACUGAGCAAGUUUGCAAACAUAUGUACCAAACUUUGCUAUGUGAAAAGUGUUGUGUGUUUUAAGGUGUCCUGCCAGAUCAAACUAUGAGCAACAGGGUAACCUCGAGGGAUACUUUCUGCCAUAGAACCUGCUUAUAAAUGAAAUGGUAGUCAGCAAUUUACCCUCUACCCAUCUGGUAGAGGAUAUUACAUUAAGUGCACAAAAUACUAGGAGGAAGGAAAGUAUGUAAAUGGUGCAACUGGGUGACUAAGUAUGAGAUAUUUGCAUGUAAGAGACCUGUGCUUAUGAACAGAUGGAUUUAAUGGAAUUUGCUUUAACAUUUUUUUCUCUUUUUUUCUUUUUUCUUAUUUUUUUUUCAAUUUAGAAAUUGCUGGUCAGGUUCCCUUUGGUUUUUCUCUCAAAAAAGAACAAAUAAGUUUUAUAAAAAAAAGUUUUCACCACUGUUAUAGACCAUAUUAUAUUAGUCAUGAGCAGUACUUGCCUUCUGUGAGUGCUCUCCUCGUUACUAUAAAAAAACACUGGUUUCCCUAAAUACAGAACUUUAAAUAUAAAGUUGUAGGAGGCGUAUCUCCUGUUGUUUAUAGUAAUGAUGACCUCUAAUCUAACCGCCAGUGCACCAAAGCGUAAAUUAAAAAUAAACUGACUCUGUGACAGCAGCAGAGGGAAGGAGCUCCCAUCUGAAACUUGCUUGCCUGCAGCCAGUGCAGUGAAAUGCACUGAGAUGCCAUCACAGACAGUGCCAUGGUAGUGAGGGGCAGCUGGCCCUGGUCAGGGGUCACCAGCUUAGGAGUACCAAGGGACCACCUGGAUGGGAGGGAAAGACAGCCAGGACUUCUGGCUUUGAGUGGAGCAGGGUGGAGCAGCACACAGGAGAGGUUUUGCAGCUUCACAGCCUGAGCAACCAAAGUUCAUGGGAUGGGAAAACAAAUGGAGCGGGCCAGUAGCUUUACAGAGCCUGUGGUCCUGAUGGCUGCAAGAAGGGCAACAGGGAAAGCCUAUUUGGGGCUGGACAUGGUGGGAAUGGUAGUAGGGAGAGGAUGGAAGUUCUUACUUAAAAAGGUACUGUGGCUUUUCAUGCUGCUAGAGACAAGUCAGUCCAGAGUCUGCCAAGGAGAGAGAGGCACUACACUUUCAUGAAAUACCUCUGUCAGCCCUCCUCUUCAGCUGUCCAUCAUUGCUUCAGUCACAGGCUCCUCCUUCAGAAGUGCUCAGCUGGUCAGAGGACAACUUUGCACCUCAAAACCACACAGACUCUCCCUCCUCAUUACCAAAGGUACAAGUCCUUCUCUGGCCCAGCAGCCUGAGACAGGGAUGAUCUGCUCUCCAGUUUUUAUUUCUUGCUCCUGGGGAAGAAGGAGAAUACAGUUCCUUAUGAACAACAUACUGGCACUGGUGACCCAGUAUCGACCAUGUGUUCUAUGCCCUGGCAUGAGAGCAAUGCUAACACCCAGUGAAGGCUGCACACCUGAACAGUUCCCUGUGAGAGGCUUCUCACAGGGGUCCAAGCCCACCUUUAAAUUAGAGCCUGGCACACUGAUCCUGCACAAUAGUCUGAGCACCCUCACCCUGACAACAUCAGGUUCUCUAUGACUGAACCAAGCUGGAGUCAAGAGUUUCCUGAAACACUUUCUACAAAUAUCACUAACCACACUUCAGCCCCCUCCUCAGCCUAUAGAACUCCUGCCAGAAACCCAUGCAUGUAUUUUCACACAUGUAGGUAAACCUAGUGAAUUCAGUGGGACUGCUCCCUUGCAUAGCAAUACAUACAUUCAAAAAGCAAGGAAAAGACCAACCACCGCUUCUCUUCUUUGGUCUCAUUUCCUAAACAAAGGAAAAAUAAUUAUGAGGGACAGACACUGGGAAAAGUCCAUUUACUGAAUUAGGUGUAAUUAAGAGAGUGAAAAUUUGUGGUACCUGCCCUUGUAGAUAACAUGGCCCAAGUACUGAAACACAGUCCAGGGCAACAAGAGUUUCACUUGUUGAGGAAGUUGCAUUGUAGUAGUAGUAGUAUUUAAUUUGUUAAUUAAUAGCUUUGAUCAGUAUGAGGAUGGAGGCAGAGAUGAUUAAUAUUUCUUCUUAAUAAUUGCUGUAACUUGACAUAUGUAUUUAUGCUUUUCUUAUUUAUUUAUUUAUUUAUAAUUUGGAUCUACAAGAGAAGGAACUAUUUACAAGAAGCAUAUUUAAUUUCCUUGUAUUCCAGGAACUUCUGUGGACAUUUUUGUAUUGUAGUAGAUAUUUAUUUUAUUGAUUUUAAAGUAUGUUCUAUUCUUAAAAAAAAAAAAAGCAAACAACAGAAUAAACAAGUAGCAUGUGGUUACA